UGAGACAAGAAACACAUGGAGGAGAAGGGAGAUGAGAGAAACUCUAUGAAAAGUGUGAAGAAAGAACUUCAGAAUGCAAAAGAAGAAGAAGAAGAAGUGGAAGUCCUUAAGAAGAGAAUCUCAAGCCAUCCUUUGUAUGGGCUUCUCCUCGAGGAACAUCUCAACUGUUUAAAGGUUUGCUCAGGCGACGACCCACCAGAGAUAGAAACAGAAGAAGCAAUAACGCUCCUUGACAAAGCCACUCCCCGCCCAGAUUCAUCCCCUCACCUCGAUCUUUUCAUGGAAGCUUAUUGUGCGGCUCUACGGGAGCUGAAGGAAGCGAUGGAGAAGCCUCUCCAAGAAACGGACCGUUUCGUUGGAUCCAUGUACUCUCAGCUAAACGACAUCGUUCGAUCUUCCCCCCACCCGUAAAAACCCACACAGACACAACCCGUGGAAACUAUACGCAUCUGCCCCUCCGUUUCCGUAGCCGGAGAUGCUCACGAGUCGAACCGUGAACGUGUUGGAAUUAAUUACCAGUAUGCCCUUCUGUAUCUCAUGUGUCGUUUGUUCUCUCUUUUCUUCCCAUCCAUCUAUCCAUUCCAUAUAUAUAUGACAGCGUAUGUGAAUAGAUUCUGUCUUCAUUAUCCUUA